CAGAAACCAGUGCGAAAAAUCAGAGGCAGACAUUUGCAGUGCUCGGUGCUUUUGGAAACUGAAAAAUUGGCGGAAUUUAAGUGAAGUUAAUUUGAAUUAAAAGCAAAAGAUUUGUAGACCAGGGGACAACGAAUCAAUAGACAACGAAUCAAUGGACAACGAACCUAUGAACAACGAUGCAAUGGAUAACGAAGCAAAGGACAACGAUGCAAUGGACAACGAAGCAAAGGACAACGAAGGCGGGAACGAAGAAGUGCAACCGAAUGAAGUUGCGGCCCCGGCGAAUGGGGCGCUCGCGCCCGAACCAUGGGAACUGGAGCUCCUCACCGACCUGAGCUUCUAUGGCACUCCGUUCAAAGAGGAGGCAGUGGGUCCGAAUGAUUUUCAACUUUUGAAGCUGCUGGGCAUAGGAGCCUUUGGGCGCGUGUUUCUGGUGCGUAAAUUAACGCACACCGACGCGGGCAAACUCUAUGCCAUGAAGAUCGUGAAUAAGACGGCUGUGUUGGAAUCCCGAUCUGCAGCCCGCAACCAUCGCAUGGAGCGUGUGGCCCUGCAUGUCUCGAAGAACAGGCCCUUCAUCGUGGGCCUGCAGUAUGCGUUCCAGUCCGCGUCGAAGCUGUACAUCGUGAUGGACUUCGUGCAAGGCGGGGACCUGUACACGCACCUCAUGACAGAGGGGCCCUUCGUUGAGGCCCGUGUUCGCUUCUAUAUAGCAGAGCUGGUGGUGGCCCUGGAGGAGCUGCACAAGCUGAACAUCCUGUAUCGCGACAUCAAGCUCGAGAACGUCAUGCUGGAUGGGAGCGGACACGUGGUGCUCGCUGACUUGGGCAUGGCAAAGUUUCUCAACGAGGAGAAUUCGUUUCGGGCGAACAGCUUCUGUGGCACCGUGGAGUACGUUGCCCCGGAGGUAAUUGAAGCGCUGCCGUCGGGCUAUACGUGGGCCUCCGACUGGUGGUCCCUGGGCAUCCUGACCUUCAUGCUGCUCACAGGAGCGGUGCCCUUUGAGACCAUGCUCGAUACACAGGAGAGCCAGCCGUUGAUACCUGACGGCUUCUCAGACGCUGCCAAGGACUUUGUGCUGCGGUCGCUGGAGAAGGACGAGCUGCGUCGCCUGGGCGGGAACGGUCGCGGUGCCGCCGAGAUCAAGGCGCAUCCCUUCUUCCAGGUCAUCAACUGGAAGGAUCUGAAGAACAAGCUGUAUGUGCCGCCCUUUCAGCUGGCGCUCAGCGGCGAAGGGGAUCUGCAGAACUUCAGCACCGACUUCACGGGUCAGCAGCCCGUGGAUCCGGAGUGCGAGGCCCCGACCAUGGCCGUGAACCUCUUCCACGGCUACACCUACGUGGCGCCGUAUCACGUGGGCCCGCGGCGUCCCCAGUGCCAGAUUGAGUACUCCAAUCCGGGGGUGCACAACAUACCGCCCAGGCCGCAGGACCUCGAGCUGAGCGGGUACGUCAGGAGCGGCACCUUCGGCCGAUGCUACAUUGCGGAGUUUGGACCCAAGAAAUUGAUCUACAUGGCGAAGAUUGUACCGCAGUCGCUGUUCCGGCCCUCCGAGCUGGAUGCCCUGCUCUCCUGUGGCGCGCCCGACACGGAGCAUCCCGGCAUUGUCACCUUCUAUGCAGCGUUCCGCGACGAGUGCGACGUCUGGAUUAUCACGAGGCUCCUGGGUGGCGAGGAGCUUACCACUCCCAUUUACCACUACCUGCUGAGCGAGCACAAGUGCCGCACGAUCUUCCAGCAGAUGGUGCGGGCCGUGCGCCACAUCCACUCCAAGAAGUUCAUACACGGAGACAUCAAGCCGGAGAACGUGGUGUUCGUGAACGACAACGAUUUGGCCGUCAAUCUGGUUGACUUCGGCAAUGCCAGCUACGACAGCACCUUUCUCAGCUGGAACGACACGCCGCGCUACACGCUCGACUAUGCGCCGCCCGAGCUGCUGUCGGACCCCAAGUUGGUGACAUAUACCCCAGCCGUCGACGUCUACGGCCUCGGUGCCACGCUGUACACCAUGCUGGUCGGUCACGCUCCCUUUCGCCUGGACAGAGGGGAGCAAAAGGAUCAGAGCGACGCCGCCCAUCUGCGGGUGAAGGCGCGCAUCCAGGGGGGAUCCUUUAAUCAAGGAUCCGAUGGCUAUCGUCGUGCCAGCCUGGCCUACCAGCACCUGGUCACCUGGUGCCUGCAUCCCAAUCCCGUCGAUCGUCCCACACUGGAGCAGAUUGAAGACAGCCUGUGGAUCGAAGACGACGACUGAACCAGUCCAAGUCCAGGCCAAUUAAAAUACAAACAAAUAAUUAGCAGGGCAAGGCCCACACCCACCUGACCUGAAGGUACAAAGAAAAAUGAAUUUAGAUGCAAAUGAAUGCAUUUAAAA